AUGGACCUCGACGUCGGGGCGGCGUCUGGUGCCGAGGUACGGGCCGUGGCUGCCGAGGCGUGGGGUGCGUACCAGAGGGGCGUCGAUGUUGUUGUGAAUAAUGCUGGGUUUAUUGUCUCUGGGCGCAUUGAGGAGUUGAUGCAAGAGGGCAUGGAGGCGAGCUUCAUGACCAGCUUCCACGGUCCUCUCAACAUCACGCGUGCGUUUCUGCCACAGUCAAGAAGGAGUAGGACGGAGACGCUGGUGUACAUCAAAAAACAGAAAAGAACAAAGAGACUUAAGAGGGGAUCGUUCAAGGCGCUGCCGAGACCCCUCUCCAAGGAACUGGCGAUACUCGCCCCUGGCCUCAAAGUCAAGAUUGUGGAGCCGGGUUACUUCCGCACCAAGGUGAACAACAAGAUUGCGGGUGUCCCGCCGCGCAUACCUGACUUUGAAGGGUUCAAUGGGGCGGCGAAGGCCAGGGCAGAGAUGAUUCAGGGAACGGAGCCCGGGGACCCGGAUAAGGCUGCUAAGAGGAUCGCGGGGGGAAGGGAGGUGCCGUUGAGGAUCAUUUUUGGGAGCGAUAGGUGGGAAAGGAUUCGGGAUAAAUGUGAGAUAUGUCAGGGUAUGAGGGUUCGGGAGGAUGUUGCGAGGAGUACGGAUCUGUGA